GCGCUUGAAUGUUUUAUUACAUUCUUCGUCGCAAACUCCAUUUCGCAUAUUUCUUUCAUUUCAUUCCCCACCUUGAUAUCUAACCUUUAAUAGAAAAGAAAUCAUGCCAUAAGCUAAUUCUCACCGCAUGUCCUCGAAACCAUCAAAAACCGCAACAGCCAAAAACAAUGGACCCCCCAGAACCAAACCCAACCCAAGAACCCGACAAGCAACCCAAAUCAGGUAAAUUCCGCUUCAAAACCUCAAAAGACAAGUCCAGGUCUCGACGAGACGACACAACCUCCACCCAUCGUCACAGCAGCCACAGACAUUCCUCCCACCGUCACAGACCCAAACGCCAUCAUCGGCGGCGCUCAGCCUCACCAAACCCCAUUUACUCAGACAAUGAACAACAUCAACCAGGCCUCAACGCCGAUGCAGCCUUCCGUGAAUCUCUCUUUGACGCCCUAGGUGACGACGAAGGCGCCGCGUAUUGGGAAUCCGUGUAUGGACAGCCGAUUCAUAAUUAUGCUGUGCCGAAUGUACCCAAGGGACCUAAUGGGGAGCUGGAGCAGAUGGAUGAGGAGGAGUAUGCCAGUUAUGUGCGGACGAAGAUGUGGGAGCGUACUAGGGAGGGGAUGCUUGCUGAACAGGAGCGGUUGAGGGCUGAGAAGAUGAGGCAGAAGAGACGGGAGGAGAGGAGGGAGGAGGAUAUGAGGGAGAAGAUGCGGUUUGAGAGGGCUAUGGAGGAGAGUUUGAGGCGGGGGAAGGAGAGGCGGAGGGUUAAGGCUUGGGGGCGGGUUUGGGAGGAGUAUGUACGGUCUUGGGGGGAGGUUGAUCGGGCUGUUGAUCAGGUUAGGGAUGGUGGUGGUGGCGGCGGCGGGGAGGGGGUUCGGUUGAGGAAUUUGAUUUUUUGGCCAGUUGAGUCGGGGAAGAGGGGGGACGUGAGUAGGGAGACGGUUGAGGAAUUCCUGCGCCAUGCGCCGGGGGAGGAUUUGUUGGCGGUUUUGAAGGCUGAGCGGGUGCGGUGGCAUCCGGAUAAGAUUCAGCAUCGAUAUGGAGCUUUGGGGAUUGAUGAGGUGGUUAUGCGCAGUGUCACGGAAGUUUUUCAGAUUAUUGAUCGUUUGUGGAGUGAGAUGAAGGAGAAGCAGCUGUGAGCUGGUAUACCCCGAUUGGUUGGUGUUGAGAUUUGCAUUGUGGUGGCGUUCUGUGUUUCCAUAUAUAUGAUACCCUGGUUG